UAAGGAAGGAAACACAGAGACACACAGACAGAAAUGAGGAAGCAGUGAUUGCACAAAACUCACAAUCCUGUUCACGCUGCACACAUCCAGACACUGAUUUCAAGAUGAAGUUUGUAUUGCUGUUGGUGAUGUUGACAGCAUGUGCUGCAAGUCCUCAAGAUCUGUCAGGUAAAAUGUUCACCUUCCCACAACAAACCAACAUAGCUCAUGUGAGGUUGACAACAUCAGGACCGGACUUUGGUGCUGCAACCGUCUGUCACAGGUCCUUUACAGACCUUAAGCGAGACCACGCCCUUUUCUCUUUGGCCACACCCACUUCUGCCAAUGACUUCCUGAUUUUCUGGGAUGAAGCAAAUAAAGAGAUGGAGGCCCAUAUCCGGAAUCAGAAGUCAGAAUAUAAAGGGUGGGACUACAAGCCAAACAUGUGGCACUCUAUUUGUACAACAUGGGACAGUGACUCUGGACUGGUGCAGCUGUGGUUUGAUGGACAACCUUCCAUUAGGAAAUAUGUCAGCUCUGGAUCAAACAUAGCUGGAUCCACUACAAUUAUCCUAGGACAGGAGCAGGAUUCCCAUGGUGGGGGGUUUGACUUGAAACAGUCUUUCGUUGGCAUGAUGUCUGAUGUCCACAUGUGGAACUACGUCCUUUCCCCCUGUGAGAUCCAGAAGUACGUGGAUGGACUAAACUUCACCCCGGGGAAUCUGCUCACCUGGAGUGCCCUGGAGUUCCAGGUCACAGGCAGAGUGCUGAUAGAAGAUAAACUAAAGAUCUGUUACUAAAUUUGAUCACAAAACCACAAUUAUUGAAGUUACAAUAGGACUUCAGUAAUCGUGAGUUACACAAAUCAAGUGGGUUUGAAAUAUGUUUCAAUAAAGUACUGCUAUAAA